AUGGAUUACCAGAAUCGCGCAGGCUCCAAAUUCGGCGGCGGCGGUGUCGCCUCGCACUCGGCCACCAACGCCGACCGGCGCGAGCGACUGCGCAAGCUCGCGCUGGAAACGAUCGACCUCGACAAGGAUCCCUACUUCUUCAAGAAUCAUGUGGGCAGCUUCGAAUGCCGACUGUGCCUGACAGUGCACCAGAACGACGGAUCAUACCUGGCACAUACGCAAGGACGCAAGCACCAAACGAACCUGGCGCGUCGCGCAGCGCGCGAGCAGCGCGAGGGCAAGGGCCAGGACCCGUCGUCGCUUCCAGGCGCCAUGGGCGUGCAGGUCAAGAAGCAGACGAUCAAGAUUGGGCGGCCCGGCUACAAGAUCACCAAAGUGCGGGACCCGCUCACGCGCCAGAUGGGUCUCCUCUUCCAACUGCAGUACCAGGAAAUCACCCCCGGCGUGCUGCCGCGCGUGCGCUUUAUGUCUGCGUUCGAGCAGAAGGUCGAGGAUCCCGACAAGAACUUUCAGUACCUAGUUGUCGCGGCUGAGCCCUACCAGAGCUGUUCGUUUAAGCUCCAGGCGCGCGAGAUCGACCGCCGCGAGGGCCGGUAUUGGACCUGGUUUGAUGAGGAUAGCAAGGAGUUUUGGGUCCAGAUCAUGUUCAAGACGGAGCGCGAGGAGCGCUUCAGUGGUGUGCCCGGUCUGGCGCCUCUACGGACUUGA